AUGUACGGCGACGUGUUCAACGCCACGGCCGGCCCGGAGGCGGCUGGAGGCGGCGCGCUGGCCCUGGCGGCCACGGUCAAGGCAGAGGGCGCUUUGCCGCUGGAGCUGGCCACGGCGCGCGGCAUGCGGGACGGCGCGGCCACAAAGCCCGACCUGCCCACCUACCUGCUGCUCUUCUUCUUGCUGCUGCUGUCUGUGGCGCUCGUCGUCCUCUUCAUAGGCUGCCAGCUGCGCCACUCGGCCUUCGCCGCGCUGCCCCACGACCGUUCGCUGCGCGACGCCCGCGCGCCCUGGAAGUCGCGGCCGGUGUAGCUGCGGGGUGAGCCAGAGCCGGCCGGCGCAGUGUCCCGGUCUCACCCCCGGCCGCCAGUAGGAGCGGGGCAGGGCGAGCCCGACGCCGGGGGUCGCUGGCCCCUGGGCACGCCGCGCCCUGAUCCAAAGACCCUUUACGACCUCGAGCGGCAAGGCGGGCGUAAAGGGAGUCGGAGGCUUCGCAGGCUGCGUAGGGUCCCGAUCCCAGCAGCCGCGGGCUUCCAAGGUUCUGAUCCCCUGGAGGAGUCUCUUCCCCCUCCCCGGACAGCGGGUCUAGCCGGGGUGCCUUCCUGGAAGACGGCGCGCCAGCCCAGACGCAGGAGCCUUCCCCACCGCCUGCUGACUCCCUUACUUUGAACAACGGAGGGGCAAGCAUGGCUCGGCGAGAGCGUAACUAGCCAGGGGGGCUGCCUAAUCCAGACUCCCUGGCCGGGUGGCUGUCUUCCCGCGGCUGCUACCGCCUCUUCCACCCCUCGCCACCGAGGACCCCAGUCCCCCGAGAAUCCGAGAGUGAACUCAGCCGGACUUGCAAAUGAUGGCCUUUGGGGGCUGCGUCUCCUCAGGGAAGUGAGGGGAUGCUGACUUUAAGUAGGUCUCGCUCAGGUCCAAGGGUUCAGUUUUCUUUGUGGGCACGGGAGGGGAAGCUAGUCUAGAGGCACAGGGUCGCACCUGCAGCACCCUGUGGUCGGAGAUCCGCAUCCCGCAUCUCUAGGGACCACAUUUGUACAAUAAAACCUCACCGAAUUGGACCCAG